AUGUCCCGGGGUUCUGCCACCCUGAUCACUUCCAAAGGUUUCCCAAGCUGCCACCUGAGUUGCCCCGGGAGCUCUGCGCGCCCACCCGACCUCCCCAUCGCGCUGCUGGCCCGCUGCUCCUGUGCCUGGGUGGGACGCGAGGUGGCUCAGCCGCAGGACCUCGGCCUCUGGGAGAUACACCUGCGCUUCCUUCCCCACCCUUCUCCUCCGCCCUUUUCGCUGCGGUUUCCCGCUUGCCUUUGGGAGCUCGGGAGCGGCAGCUGGAGGAGGAGCAGGGGAGGAGGGAGAGGGCGAGGAGGAGUAGGGGCGGGGUGGGUGGGGAGAGAGCCAGGAGGGUGUGGACUGGCAGCCACUCUGCAGCUGGUCGCCGGAGACCCGGGCCCUCCCGCGCGCUGGAGUGAUGGAGGGGAAGAGAUUCGCUUAGACACACACACGCGCACACAGCUGGGCACGUCUCCGGGAGGCAGCCGCCGGGGGCCGGGCGGCGGCCGUGACAGCACCAGCCGCAGGGACUCGGGCGCCCACACAGCUUGGCCCCUGCGGCUCCAAAGACCGGGAAGGCAAGAUCCCAGCCUCACUGACAGUUGCUCUUUUGGGCAGAUCAGGAGGAAGCAGGCUGCCCAGGGUGCUGUCACCGAGGACCCAGGAGGCUCUCCGUUCGGCGCUCAGAGUCCGGGGCCGCGCCGGUGCCCGCCGGACUCCGGUUCCGGCGGUCGCCCCUACCUUGCCCGCGCCGCGGGAGCGCGCUCUGCCGUACCUGGCUCCAGCCUCCUGGGGAAGUGCAGGAAACGAGCCCUAAACUCCACUACUUCUCGCCGGCCUCCUCCCCCUCGAGGCUCCCCGCCCUGGACCUCGCCGCCGCCGCCGCCGCCUGCGCCUAAGGCCCGCCCGCCUCUUACUCUCACACGCGCACGCACAGCUCCGCUAGCUCGCUCCCAUCCACGCAGACUCGCUCUCCGCCGAGCCCAAGCCCGGGCGUCCGAAACUACUGGCCCAACUGCCAACGGGACUGCAGGAGACGCCCCGGGGCCCGGUGCGACCUGCCGGGGGCCCCCGCGCCCUGGGCUCCCGCCUGCGCCACUGUCGCCGCCGGGGACGUUGGGAAGGAAGCUCCCAGCCUCCAGUGGAUGCUUCUACCUGUCACUGCCAGGUGCACAGCGAGCAAACCUCCUCCACAACCCUGGAAGCACCUCCUCUUGCUGGACUCCGCUCUCUGGCUUCCCGCCUGGAGGACUUGAGGGCGCCCACCCAAGGGAGCCGCUGUUCACAUCCUGGUUGCCCCAGUACUCACCCGGUUGGAGGACUCUACCCCAAAGGGACCUGGGCUGUCAGAGCAGCAUCUAUGGGGACGUUGCUGAUCUUGGCAUAGGAGAAAGACGUCAGUGUGGAAGACAGGAUAGCCAUAAAGCUACCCUCUGCAACUGACAGAAGUCACUUGUGUUCAUUCUAUUAACCAUGUCAAUUCCUAUGGCCAAGUCUGAUGUCAGUGAGGCAAGAAAAUAGUCUUCUCUCAGAGAGGCAGUGAAUAUUUGGAAUAGCUUAACACUGUCUAUGAAAUUACAUAUGAAAUCUCAUCAUAUCUCAACACUAUGGUCUAUGAGUCUUUUUAGUGGGUAAUUCAAACCUUCAGAGAGAUUAGAAAGGAUAGGUGGCAAGAAGAAGGGAACUAAGCUGCAAGGGCUAUUUGAGCGGCUUCUAUAAGAAUGACCUCCAGGAUUUUUGUCCUUUCACAAAUAGGUUUCUUCUCAUUUAUUGCUUUUGCUAAAAUGAAUUUUAGGCAUUAUCAAAAGGGAAUUUAUACAUGGUACUAUUGCCUUUUUGAAUUUAGAAUAUAUAUUUAGAAUUUGGAAUCGCUUUCUCUGGUGUCAGUUCUGCAGCUGAUUUUUUUAAUGUGUUAUGUGAGCAAAUGUAGAUUGUAACUAUAAACACAGUGCAAGGAAGAAGCAGACCCAUCUGUCUCUUUCAAACUUGAUUAGGGAAGGGUGUGCAGAUAAUAUUUUUAGUAUGGUCUUAAAAUUAAGGUUAAGUUGCUUUGAAGCAAGUUGACUACCAGAGAUUUAUUCAUUUUGAGGGUUAAGAUAAAACAAAUAGAAAAUAUAUACACAUUCCCAAAGACACAUUAUGUUGCUCCUUUAAAACCACAUUUAUUUUUUGAUUGCAUGGGAAAUAACAUUUGCAAGCAUAGAGAGCUUUCCUCCUCUGACUUUGGUGAUAGAAAUUUUGAAAUGGCAAACAAUUUUAUUACCUGUAGUUAAUACUAUUGGCAAGAAUUGAACAUGCUAGCAGGGAAAGUCUAUAUACUACCAUGCACUUAUAAAUGAAAAAAAAUUAUAAUACAGUAAUAGAAACAUCAUAGAUAAAAUUCAAUAAUGAAUGUAAGAAAAAAAGUGGUUUUUCCAGUUGUUCUAGAUCAAAUUUUAAUAGUUUAUCUGAAAGACUUCUCUAUCAAGUCACCAUCUUAUUAAAUUAAGUGACCCCCCCAAAAAAACAAAUACAAGACUAACUUUAUUUUUUCCUCUUCUUCCAUUACCAUGGGAAACAGAAAAAUGCCAAACAAUCAGAUAAAUAGUCAGAUGCUCGGUUUAUUGAGAAAAACACUGGGAAGGGCCAUUAGUGGCUCUGAUGAGGAAAAAUUUUAAAAGAAAAGAGAGCUGAGGAAAGGUUCAUUUGUACCGUAUAUUAGAUUCCAGAUAUAAGUGAUAUCAUAUGCUAUUUGUCUUUCUCUUUCUUACUUACUUCACUUAGUAUGAGAGGACUAGGAAUUUGACCUAGAUGCAAACUAUUGCCUUUGGAGUGGAUAAACAAUGAGAUCCUGCUGUAUAGCACUGGGAACUAUAUCUAGUCACCUAUGGUGGAGUAUAAUAAUGUGAGAGAAAGAAUGUAUAUAUGUAUGUGUGACUAGGUCACCUUGCUAUACAGUAGAAUAUUGACAGAACACUGUAAACCAGCUAUAAUGGAAAAAAAUAAAAAUAAUUUUUAAAAAAGAUUAGAGCACAUAAAUAUAACAUUUAAAAUACUGAAAAAAAGAGCGAAAAAAUCGAGGUGGCAGUGGAUUUAUGAAACAACAAAUAGUUUUUGAUGUAGAGAGAGCAAUAAAGCCAAAGGUUAGGAUAUUUCAGUUACUGCACAACAUAUUUUCCUUUUUAAUUCCCCCUCCCAUUCUCCUGGAUGGGAAUGGUGGGUUCCACGUGAGAAUAAAAAGAAGAGGCUAAUAGCAAGCAGUUGGCUAACUUGCCCAAAGUUUCAGUUAGAAUAUCAAUAGAGCCAAAGUUAAUUAAACCCAUUCAUCUAUUUUCUCUUUCAACAAAUAUUUAUUGAGUGUUUUCUAGGCACUGUUCUAAGUGAUGAGAAUACUACAAUGAAUAAGAGAAGAACCCUCCUGUCCUAUGGGGCUGAUAGUCAUGGUUUCCUGUUUUGUUUUGGGAAUGAUAUAUUUUUGGGGAAUUAAAUAUUAUAUGCCCCCCGAUACAUAAAGCAGAUAAAAAUAAAGCUGCUCUGUUUAAGGUGAGGAUAAGGAGCUGGAAAUUCUUCCCAAUCAACACUUCCCUUGCCUCCUUUUUCAUUUCACAGAUACCUACUUAGAAAGUCCCUACACCCUGAUCUUGCUAGCAGAACAGGAGAGACCAGUGUGGGAAAGGCAGGUGGGUCCAGAUGGUGAGGAAGUAUGAAAGAACAGGUUUAUGAUGUAAUUGAAUUAGUAUUGGAAUGAGGUUAUCAGAGACUGGUGAGCAGGAGAAAUUUGAAGGAAACAACAGAAGGCCAGAAAACCUCAUAGGACACUAUCUCAGUAGUCUGCCUGAACUAGUGGAGAGAGUAGUGGACACUGGGUAGAUUCAGAAGGAUUCAGAAGAUGUAAUGGGUCAGCAUUACAACUGAUAUCAUGCAUUAGAGAGACAUCCUAUGUUUGAGGGCAGAAUAUGAGUUUGGAAUCAGAGAAUCCAGGUACAUAGCCUGGCCUUCGUGCUUACUUUGUAACUUUGGUCAAAUUCCUAAUUCGGCCUGAGCCUCGGUCUCCUCAUCUGAAGAAUGGGUAUAAUAAAACCUAUUUGGGAGAAUUAAAGACAAGGCAUGUGAAGUCCCAAGAAUAAUGCAGUCAUCUACAAAGUACCAUCCCAUCACCACCAGUUGUUCUAAGAUUUUCUAGGGAAUGUCUCAUGAAUACUCAAGAAAAAGUUCUAUUAUUUUUUAUUAUUAUCAGUACCACCAUUUCUUCCUCUCUAGUAAGAGUAGAUGCAGUGAAGAACUGAUUAAAGUUGGUGUACCAUCUAUUAUUAGGAAAAACAGUGAGAGAGAUAGAAUCUAAAUCUGAUUUGGCUAAUGGUAGAGCCAUGGCAAAAAUAAUCAGGGACUUACAGACAUACUUACGUAUAUGAAAGAAUUGAAGUAUGUUUAUUGCAGUUUUGUUUGAGGUGGCAAAGACUGGGAAAAACUUAAAUGUCCAUCAACAAGAACUGAUGAAAUAAAUAAAAGUGUACCUAUACAAUGGAACACUAUCCACAAAAAAAAAAAAAAAAAGACACGAAAAUCAACCCAAUCUUCUGUAAUAAUCUGUAUGGGAAAGAAUCUGAAAAAGAAUGAAUAUAUGUAUAUGUAUAUAACUGAUUCACUUUGCUGUAUACCUGAAACUAACACAGCAUUGUAAGUCAACUAUAUUCCAAUAAUUUUUUUAAAAAAAGAAAGGACUAGAACUUUAAAUAAAAAUGUGAAAUAAUAUUUAACAGAAUUUUAAGUAUAAAUGCAAGAUGUACACUCUCUGGAAAAAUAACAUUAAAUUUUCCCACAUGAUACUUCUAAUCAGGAUGCCAACAAGAAAAAAUAAAAUAAUUCAUGAGGAAAUGAGGUUUCUUAGCUAAAGGUUUUGAAAUAGGCUUUGCAAACCAUCAACAUGGUCAUAACUGUGGAUGGACUUUGAAAAUAGCAAUGACAGCUGGUGACCAGAGGCUAUACUAUAUGUGAAUCAAAUUUACAAAACACUUGAAGGUGAAGGUCAUUCUCUUAAGCUAUAUUUGCCUGUGGAAUUACUCCCCAGCAAUAACAUCUUUGAACCCAAAGGAAGGGAAUUGAUCUUAAUCACAAGUGUUGCAUAAUGGUGCCUGCAAAUUAAAUAAUCCACAAGAAAUGUAUUAAGUUUAAGAAAAUUAAACAGAUUGAGUUCUCACUUUCUCUUUGAGCUUGGAAUAUAUAACAUCUUCAGAAACACACAAGUAUCACAUUUAAAUGAACCACAUAAACAUACAAUUAGAUGCAUAUUUUAAAUAUAUACUGUGAGUGGUUAUUGGUUUAGGAAUUUUGGCAUAAUGAAGCAAAAUAAAAGACUGCCCCAAUAUGAUAGGAAAUAUCUUGAUCUUAUUUCUCCCAGGAGCUGAUAGGAGCUGAUAUAUGUGAUAUUUUAGUCAUUCUUUGAAAAAGAUUAUGAAGUUAUAAGAGCUAAUAGGUAUUGAGCACUUGCUGGGUCCAAGCAUAGUGCUGAGUGAUUUACAUAAUAGUGAAUUCCCCGUAACAACUUGACAAGGUAAGUGCUUCUGUUUCCCCAAGUGGUUCAUUUGCCUGCUCAGAGUCCCACAAGUAACAAGAGGUCAAGUGGGCAUUUGAACCCAGGACUGCUGACUUCAGAACUGUUAUCUGUAACCAAGAUGCUGACUGCUCUAAGCUUAGAGUAUAACCUACAGGAGGGAGAUGGAAUAGGACUCAACUAUACAGAGCUACAAGAAAAGCAAUUUAAGAGAAUGGAUUUGGAUAUAAAAACAGGAAAUAAUGAUGUGGAGAGCCUCAGUGGGGAGAAUCUAUGACCUGUAUUUUACUAUUAUAAUUUUAUGCCAGACAGUUCUUUAUUAUUAGAGUUAUUUUUUUAAAAAUCUGCUUAAAGAGUCUGAGAUUAGAUCCCUGAAAAUAGGUGAGAGAGGAG